AUGGACAAUCCGUACCGCCGCGAGCUUAGCAUCGCGUUUGCGGCCCUGCAGGGCGCUGCGCGACUUAGUCAAUCCAUCGUUUCGUCGGCCGACAAGGGCGCCAUCUCCAAGUCGGACCUCAGCCCCGUCACAAUCGCCGACUUCGCCGUCCAAAGCCUGCUCAUUGCCACGUGCAAGGCCGCCUUUCCCGACGACUCGUUUGUUGGCGAGGAAGACGCCUCCGAUCUCCGGGCCAAUCCAGUUUUACUGGACCGCGUGUGGGAUCUGCUGCAAGACGUCAAGAGUUUCCAGGAGGAGGCCGGGUUUGCUGUGCCCGACACGAAAGCGCAGCUUUGCGACCUUGUCGACCAGGCGGGUAGCAGCAGCCCUGCCAGCGGCAGAACGUGGGUGUUUGACCCCAUUGACGGCACAAAGACGUUUAUUCGCGGACAGCUUUACGCCAUCAAUGUCGCGUUGCUCGUUGACGGCAAGCAGGCGGUGAGCGCCGUUGCCUGUCCGAACAUGCCGAUAAAUGCCACGGCGCCCCUUAACAAUCCGGACAUUGAUCCGUCUGGGGAGGGCUGCAUCGUCUACGCAGUCAAAGGUCACGGUGCCUGGGUUCUUCCCCUCGCGGGCAACGCGGAAAUCAUCCAGCAUCGACAGCUUCCGCACGUAUCUUCAUCCACAGGGCCGGGGCAUGACCUGCGCUUUAUCACAUCGGUUGUCAUGGCAGACUCGGCUCUUGAUGGUGUGCACGAGGCAGUGGCGCAACGGCUCGGUGCCGCCUAUCCGGGAUGCGACCUCCUACCUUGGGUCCUGCGCUGGGCAGCGUUGGCUAUGGGCCUCGGCAACACGACGGUGUGGGUAUACAACCGUCGGGAUCGUUAUGGCAAAGUGUGGGACCACGCCGGUGCUAUGUUGUUGUUUGAGGAGACGGGCGGCAAGAUCACGGACGUGCACGGCAAACACAUUGACCUGGUGACCGGCAGGAAGCUGAGUGCCAACUUUGGCUUCGUGGCGGCCUCCGAGAGCUUGCACACGAGGGUGCUGGCGGCGGUGCAGGAAGUUUUGCGAGAGGCUGGUCGUGAGGAUCUGCUGAGGUGA